GGGUUUUAGCUGGACGCGGGAAGUAAUUUUCCACUGUGUUGUCCCCUGCACCGAUUCCUGCCGCUAAAGCAGCCGCCAAUCAUCUCAACCUUCUUUCCCGUCAGCUUCCCGGUCGUGAAAAUGAUAGUGGCUGUUUCGUGGUUGCCGAAAGGAGUGGCAAAGGCUGUUCCAGUGGUGGCAGAGCUUCCUUCAAAAGAAGAGAUUGAAGAGCUAUUGAAGUCCGGUGCUUUGGAAGAUGGAGAAGAAAGUGGGAGUGAGGCUGAGGAUGGAGAUACGGAGGUGGAUGCUGAGAUGGAAACUAACGAAGCAAGUCAAGCACUAGCUGUGGCAGAAGCACUCGGUGCAAAAUCGAAAACCAACAAGUCAUCUUCCGGAGUUGAUCAUAUAGCUGAUGGGUUGAAGGAACUUGACAUGGACAAUUAUGAUGACGACGAAGAUGAAGAGAUUGAGCUUUUCAGCUCUGGGCGUGGAGACGUUUAUUAUCCUAGUAAUGACCUGGAUCCUUAUCUCAAGGGUGUGGAUGUCGAUGACUCUGAUGAAGAGGAGAAUCUGAUUAUUCAGCCAAAAGAUUCAGUCAUAGUUUGCGCACGGAAUGAAGAUGACAUAUGUUCGCUUGAGGUUUUGGUAUGUGAGGACUCUGGUGAUGGUAAUCUAAAUAUCUUCCCUCACCAUGAUAUUAUUGUGGCAGCAUUCCCCCUUUGCACAGCAUGGCUUGAUUGUCCACUUAAAGGAGGGGAAAAGGGAAAUUUUAUUGCUGUCGGUUCAAUGGAACCAGCUAUUGAAAUAUGGGAUCUUGACAUUAUUGAGCAAGUAGAGCCAUCUGCAGUGUUAGGAGGUGUUGCUGAGGUUCAGAAGAAGAAGAAGAAAAACAAGAAGAAAAGUAAGAAGAAGGCCCCAAUUCAAUACAAAGAAGGAAGUCACACUGACUCUGUACUAGGACUCGCUUGGAACAAGCAGUAUAGGAAUAUCCUUGCCAGUGCCAGUUCUGACAGACAAGUUAAAAUCUGGGAUGUUACUACUCAACAAUGUAAUACUACAUCGGAGCAUCAUACAGACAAGGUCCAAUCAGUUGCAUGGAAUCAUCAUGAGGCACAAGUUCUUCUCAGUGGAUCUUUUGAUCACUCAAUUGUGAUGAAAGAUGCUAGGAUACCUACACACCCAGGUUUUAGGUGGUCAGUUGCAGCUGAUGUGGAAAGCUUGGCAUGGGAUCCCCACAGUAGUCACUCCUUUGUGGCGAGCCUUGAAAAUGGUACAGUCCAAGGUUUUGAUAUCCGCACAGCCAAGUCUGGUGAAGCUUCUGAUCUAAAGCCAAGUUACACAAUCCAUGCACAUGACAAAGCUGUUAGCGCAGUUAUCUAUAACCCCUCGAUUCCUAAUCUUAUUGCAACUGGAUCAAUGGAUAAAACGGUUAAAAUCUGGGAUUUAUCAAACAACCAACCUUCAUGUGUUGCAUCAAAGAACCCAAAAGCGGGGGCCGUAUUCUCGACCGUCUUCUCAGACGACAGUCCAUUUAUUCUAGCUAUUGGAGGAUCAAAGGGAACCCUGGAAAUAUGGAACACAGAAUCAGAUGCAGCUGUUUCGAAGAGAUUCGGAGGCUAUAAGGACAGCAAGCCAUCUACCUCAUCUUGAGACGAGAUUCAACAGAGUUCUGACGAAGCAGUACCAUCGGAAGUCGCACUGUGGAGAAGUUAUGAGUCUUCAAAUUUUUGCAAAAUGUUAGAAUCUAGGGUUUGAUUAAUUUAGCAUGUUUGGAACUGUGUAGUGCGGAAAAAACUCUGUUACCCUAUCCAUACAUUUUGAGAUGAAGUUUUGUGUAAAGUUUCGUUCUUUUUGGUAAGGUAUUGCAAAACUCUGUUACCCUAUCUUGUAUGGUAAGCUAUUGCAAAUUUUAUUUGGCUCCAUGAUUUGCAAGUCUGUCCAGCUCCAUGUGGAAUUAUGGAUUGCUAAUUUGCUAUGAAAAUGAAACACAAAAGCCAUG